AUGUUAGUACUGCUAAUUGGCGAUCUGCAUAUUCCUCAUCGUGAACACAACCUUUCGGCUAAGUUUCGAAAGCUUCUAGUUCCAAAUAAGAUACAGCAUGUUCUUUGUACCGGAAAUCUGUGCAAUCGCGAAAGUGUCGACUAUCUAAGGACAUUAGCAUCCGAUGUGCAUGUUGUUCGCGGGGAUUUCGAUGAGCAGUCGUUAAAAUAUCCGGAGACAAAAGUCGUCACCAUAGGACAGUUUCGUAUUGGACUUAUACAUGGCCAUCAGAUUAUUCCUUGGGGAGAUGAGGCGAUGUUGGAGCAAAUGGCACGACAACUCGACGUGGAUGUACUCGUUAGUGGACACUCUCAUGAGUGCAGUGUUAAGGAAAAAGACGGACGAUUCUACGUCAAUCCAGGCAGUGCUACUGGCGCUUUCUCAGUUAUAUGUAAAGGUCCCAUAAUCGCCUCGUUCGCUCUGCUGGAUGUCCAAUGUGACAGUGUGGUAACGUAUAUGUAUCGAUUGAUUGAGGAUCAAGUUAAGGUCGAUCGUGUUAUUUUUAAGAAACCACACGAUUGA